GAGAGCAAAAAAAAAUUGAUGUGAAAACGCAAAACGGAUUAUAGCAAACUGGAAAAAAUUUUAUUUUGUGCGUUUAAGCAAUUAAAAUAAAUUGUGCAAAUUUCAGGAAAAUAUAAUUUGCAUUUAGAAAUACAUAGAUUAAGAGUUGUACUCUUUUUUUAAAUGCGAUAAAAAAUCAGUGAUAAAUACACCCGGCGUGUGAAAACGAAAAGAAAUCAAAAUCCGUAAAAAGCUAAAGACAACGAGUUCACUUUUUUUCUUCUGUUCGACUUCGAAGCACAAAAAUUCCCCUGCAGUCAUACGCAGCGAAUAAAAACGAAAGCAAAGAAAUCUAAAAGCAGAAGGGAGAAACCAGAGAAAAGCAGCAGCAGCAAAGACAAAUUAAUUGAAUUUUUGCAAAAAAAAGGAAAACUAAUUUUCUUUCGUAUUAAUUUAAAGAUAUUUUAACUGAAAAAGAAAACAACAUGGCCCUUACUGAGGACCAGCUUAGAGCCAAGCUAAUCAUUGACCCACCAGGCGAGUUGCGCUUUAUUGGUCCAUUUACUAGUCCAGUUAUAACAACACUUAAACUUACGAAUCCAUCGGACGAAACCAUUUUGUUUAAAAUUAAAACAACCGCUCCAAAACGUUAUUGUGUACGUCCAAAUUUCGGUUGCGUUUCUCCAAAUGAUAGCGUUUCUGUUGAAAUUUGUUUGCAACCCUUCAAUUUUGAUCCUUUCGAAAAAAAUAAGCAUAAGUUUAUGGUGCAAAGUAUUGUGAGCCCCUCAAAUGAAAAACCACAGGAUCCCAACAAAUAUGUAAAUAUUUGGAAGGAAUUGCCACCAGAACACUUUAUGGAUGCCAAAUUGAAGUGUGUUUUUGAAAUGCCAGAGGGACAUCGUGAAGAGACAGCAGCAACCGCUGUUAAAGCUGUUAAAACUGAGGCAUCGUUACCUCUUAAAGUUAAGAAUGAAGAAAAGAUCCUUAAUCUGGAUAAUUCGGAUCAAAUUGAAUGGCAGACAAAUGAACUCAGACAGUUAAGGGAAGAAAACAGUAAUUUGAGAAAAGAAUUGUUGAAAGUAAAGGAGGAAAUAAUCAGAAAUCGAUCUUCACCUUCUAAACCCCCCAUGGGUGAACCCUAUACUCCUGUUAUGGCUGAGAAUCAAAUUCCAAUGUUUUAUAUAGCAAUUGCUAUUGCUGCUGUAAUUUUUGGUAUUAUAUUUGGCAAAUUUGUACUCUGAACAUCUAACUAAAAGAUGCAGAAACAAAAAUGAGUGUUAUGUUUUUUGUGUUUUGCUAGCAGUUUUAAAUAAAAAUAAAGCUGCAUGUUACAGAAGAAAAAUAAUAAUAAAAGAAAUUAAAAAAAAACAAAUUUGCAACAUACAAAAUUCAAAAAUAAUAAAAAAAAUCAGUAAAAUUUAAAUAAAAAACAAAUUUAAAAUCUUAAGAGAACAGCAGCAAAUAUUUCAAAAGAAAAAAACAAACGUAAUAUAAAAAAAAGAAACUCGUAUAACAAACAAAAUCAAUUUACCUAGUUAAGUGUAAAGAAAACAAAAACUCAUAUUUCUUUCUUUUUUUUUUAAUAAAAAUUAAUUAAACUUUUUACGUUUUCACUUAAAACAAACGAAACCUAAUUUAGCAAAAAAAGAAGAAAAAUAUUUCUAUUGCUGCUUAUAUUUUGUGUUUGUUUAAGCUCUCUUAUAUUACUUUAUUCUACAAAUUCUCUUUUUUGCUUUAUAUUUUAAAAAUUAUAAAUAGUUUUCUCCCUAGUUUGCCGCAUUUAAUAAAAUCAUUACAACAAUAACACUUAAUAUAACAACUAGAGCUUACACAAUUUGAAACAUGGCUUUUGCAUUAAAACAUAUAUUAACUGUUAAAAAAAGAUAUGUUUUGCUUUCUAAAAAUUGUUUCUAUACUUCUGGUUUAAUAAUUAAAGAAAAAAAUUAAAAAUAAAAUUAGCACAGUCCUAUGCAAACUUUUUAACUUGAACUAUAAAUAAAACUUACAAAAAAAAAGAAAGAGAAUAAAUUUAGUAAAUUUUUAAAAUUAAAGGUUUUGUUUUCUCAAGUCUAAGCUAAUCAUUAAAAAAAAUCGAUUAAAUUAAACGUUUAUAACACUCCUUAGGCAAGUAAAGUUAAAAGAAACUACAAUUUUUCAACUGUUUAGGGGAGUGUUUAUUUUUUUUUUAUUAAAAAACUAGUUUUAUUGAUUUCUUUGUUUAGUUUUAAGUUUAUUUUCCUUUUUUUUAAUCACUAGGGUGUGUUUUAUUUAACUGUGUUUUUUUAUCGUAUUUAAAUUAAUAAUUUUUUGUUUGCAUUUCUCUAUACACACACAAUUUUUUUGUUUAAUUUUUAUUAUCUUGAGGCUGCUGGACAUUAAAUAAACAAAAAAAGUAAAAAAAA